GCUAACCUACCUAACAUACAGUAUGGCAGGGAACUCUGCUCCUUUAUUCCACUUCUUUACACAGUUUAGCUUUAUAAAGCGUUAGAGAUUGAGCCGAUGAUCUGCUCUGGAAAAAUUAUCAAAUGUGAAGGACAGAAGUGAGAAGUGCUGAGCAAGCUUAAUUGACCUGUUCAGUUGACAGGAGGGGCGAGUCGGAGGAGUCCGGCGAUGACGAGACCAAGAGGAGGAGUGUCAAUGGAGAAGUCGAAGACCUGCAGCGAGCUUCCACAGCUCCAGAGGAGUUGCCAGUCGAUAUGGACACCAUCACCCUCGACCCUAAUGAGGAGGACGUGGAUCUGGUCCACUGUCGGAUCGGGAAGAUCGAAGGACUCGAGGUCUUGCAGAAAGCUAAGACGCUUUCUCUCAGACAAAACCUGAUUAAAAACAUAGAGAACCUGGAGAGCCUGGUCUCGCUGAGGGAACUGGACCUGUACGACAACCAGAUCCGCAAACUGGAGAACCUGCAGGCUUUAACCGAGCUCGAGCAGCUAGACGUAUCGUUCAACUUGCUGAGGAAGAUCGAAGGUUUGGAGCGUCUGACGAAGCUGAAGAAGCUCUUCCUGCUGCACAACAAGAUCACGAACAUCAGCAACCUCGAACACCUCACCGGCCUUCAAAUGCUGGAGCUCGGGUCCAAUCGCAUCAGGAUCAUUGAGAACCUGGACACGCUCACGUCUCUGGACAGUUUGUUCCUCGGUACGAAUAAGAUCGCUCAGCUGCAGAACCUGGACGGGCUCCACAACCUGACGGUCCUCAGCAUCCAGAGCAACCGCAUCACCAAACUAGAGGGACUGCAGAACCUGGGGAACCUGAAGGAGCUCUACCUGAGUCACAACGGCAUCGAGGUUAUCGAAGGCCUCGAGAACAACAAAAAACUGACGACUCUGGACAUCGCAGCGAACAGGAUAAAGAAGAUCGAAAACAUCAGUCACCUCACAGAUCUGCAGGAGUUUUGGAUGAAUGAUAAUCAGAUAGAGAAUUGGAGCGAUCUGGACGAGCUGAAGAACGCUAAAGGUUUAGAGACGGUGUACUUGGAACGCAACCCGCUGCAGAAGGACCCUCAGUAUAGACGCAAGAUCAUGCUGGCAUUGCCCAGUGUCCGGCAGAUCGAUGCCACCUUCAUCCGCUUCUGACCUCCACACACACACACACACACACACACACACACACACACACACUUCGCCUCUGCUUUUCCUAACCAUUAGCCAGAUCUCAAACACACACCAUGCUCAUAUGCAAACACCCUUUACUAAAACACACACACACACACACACACACACACACUUGAGCUGUUCCUCCUCCCUCCACUUCCAAAGCUUCAUCCAUUUUUGGUCAAAUAAAACACACUCUAUUAGAACAUGUGCAGGAGUACCCUUUAUACACAACACACACACACACACACACACACACACACGUCCCUAUGCUACUGUUUGGUUUGAGACAUUAGAAGGACAGGAAGUUGAUGGUGACCAGUGUUGAGUCUCGUCAUACAAUAUGUUUUAUUUUAAUAUUGGAUCAGAAAAAUAAUCCAGAAAGUAUUAUUAUUAUUAUAUCAAGAUUUUCUUGGCAUCUCAGGCUGGAAAAAGUUUGAUAUUAUUACCAUAACGAUUCAGCUGAGGAACCAGGGAUUCUUGGGGGCGGAGCUUGCUGAUUUGUCAACCACAUAUUUUAGUUAAAAAAAAAUUAAAAAGCGUCAUUUUAAUGCAAAUUAGUAAUGAAUCAUUAAUGCUUUCGCAAUAAAACAAUCGGCUCUCGUACGUUCCUCGGACCAAUCCCGUACAUCCUCUGUGGCUCAGCUCCAGAAGCUCCGCUCACAUGGACCUGUGAUUGGUGAUCGGUCCUGACUGGUAGCAUUUAUUAAACGAAACAUACGAGACUCUGUAGCAAGCGUCUGGCUUUAAAAGCGUUUGGUCAGCAAAGCUAAAAUAAAUAACCGCCGUUUUAUUUCCUCCUGGGAUUUAUGACCAAUUUAAAUAUUUUGAACAAAAAAAAACCGGAGAAAGGCCACGCCCACAAGAGACAAACAGUUAAGACUUAGCUGGAUUUGCAGUGCACUUUUUUGGUCUUGUCUUUAACACAGAACAGGAAUUUGUGUCAGGAACCAUGUCGUACCUCUAAAGGUUCCUGAACCUCGCACUCCUUCGUUCACAUAUCGGUCUGCUGUGUGAUUAGCAGCGUUUAAAGUAAACAAUUUUAUCUGUCAUGAAUUUGGUGGGAAAAUGUAAUAAAAUAGUAAUAAUAAUGAACUGCCUUUCUGGGCUUCUAUAGAACACAGUACGAUUAUUUUCAGUAUCUUUUCCGGAUGUUCUCUGACCAAAUUUUACAAUUUAAACGUAUAAAAUGUACGACGCCGUGUGCAUGUGAAACACGAGAGUGUUUUUGUGUUUUAUCGUGCGUUUGAUCCCGCGUUAAACACUACAGCUGCAGAAUUGCAUAAUGCCGCUUUAAUAUAUAAAUAUAUAAAUACGACCACAGCCGUCGCACUGGAAUGAAUUUGGCUAAGUUCAUUCAUCUCUGCUAUUUAUUUAUGAAGUCUAAAAGCUUUGACAUCUUAGGGAGUUUUUCCUCGCCACCGUCGCCACUCAGUGUCUUGCUCAGUUGGGAUAAAUUCGCACCUUUAAUAUCUGUACACCGUGUUGAUAUUUCUGUAAAGCUGCUUUGAGACAAUGUCUAUUGUAAAAAGCGCUAUACAAAUACAACUGAAUUGAAUUGAAUUGAUUUAUUCAGUUUCAUUCGGUAAAACUUCUAUAAAGCCGUGUUUUCCUGCGCCAAGUGACGUUUUAACGACGUGGUUUUAAAGCUACAAUCAGUGAUGUGAAAGCUAUAAACUGGAUUACGGCAGAUAUUUUGUGAUGUCACAAAGUUUUUUCACUUGCACCACAACUCCUGAUCCUUUAAACCAACAGGCCAUGGUUUUAUAUAUAUAUAUAUAUAUAUAUAUAUAUAUAUAUAUAUAUAAUGGCGUUAGCAUUAGCGUUUUAGUCCACCAACAUCUCACUUGACCACCAUUAUGUGAUCGUUGCCAUGGUUACAUCUCUCGCGCUGUUCUAGUCACCUCUAAUUAAACCAUUUUCACGUCAUACACAAUACUAACGAUUUGUUUAAUAGUUUAUUGCAAGAGAGAAGCCGUCGCCGCUAUACCUGCUUGUUGUCAUGGUUACAUUCCAGCAUGGUUGCUCGGUAAUAGCUAACAAGGCUGAUUAGAGAUUUAGCUAGCGCAGCUUUAAAACAGACAAAGGAAAGACAGAGCUACGGUGGAAAUGAUACAGAACGAUCCGGAACGUCAACAUUUACCUCAGGUGUGUUAAUAUAUUAGUAGGAAAAUGCUCAGUACGACUACAGUUACGACGUGAUUACGUUUAGCAUUAACCGCUAACUCAACCCCCAUGGAUUUCUCCACACUGAGGUACGACAUUACGUCGUUAAACUGGGAGUGGUCUGAAGACGUCAGCUGUCUGUCUUGACAUAUUAUGAACGCUUUUGAACAAAAAAUGUACAUAACUAAUGAAGAUUCAAGUCAGCCAAUCAGAAACGAGUAUAUUCUGUUGCUCAACAUAUCAUGAUGUUUAGCAUCGCUAAUACUCUUAAAUAAUAUUAUCAAAAAAUAUCAUUUAAUUGAAAGAAGGAAGAGACAUUUCGUGAUACCUACAAAGCUCCCAGAAAAUUUAUCGCGAAAUCGAUAUCAUAUCCCCACUUUAUCCAUUAUUAUUAUUAUUAUUAUUAUUAUUAUUAUUAUUAUUAUAGGUAUAUUUGCCAUUUCACUUUAGGCUUUAGGGUAGAUAUACUGUUUAUCGGUAAUUAAAUAAAUAAAAAUCAGUGCAUAAAAAUGAAAUAAGCAUUUAGUCAGUUAAAGUGUAGAUUAGAUUUAAAAAAAAAAAAAAAAAAAAAAAAACUCCACUGAUUGUAGCUUUAAAAACGUAGCGUCCAAUACAGCGGGUUUCAGAGUAAACUAUCUCAGACAUUAUAAAGUUCUAAAGAAAAUCCGUCAAAAUUAGAAAACAUCAGAUAUAAAUACUAAUUGUUUCAUUGUGCUGUUUUCCCCCCUCUUUAUUUUAUUAUUAUUAUUAUUAUUUUAUUGUUUCACAACUGCUUGGUUGACUGUUUUGAGAUGAAUGUAAUAUAAAUGACAAUAAACUUAAUUUGAAAAAUGUU